AUGGCACGAGAGAUGCUCACAAAGGCAUUGAUCGAGGCCUUCAUCAGAGACAACAUUUCACUCAGUGUACCCCACAGCGUCAGACAUUCAGUUCUAGAGCUGUUGCACAAGCUUCAACAAGGGGACAGGGCUCUGGAGGAAGUAUGUUAUAAACUGUGUGUGUGUAAUGCAGUGAGAGAUGCACUGGAGGGUGGGGUCCUCAGUGUGUCCUUCCAUCAGCUGCUCGUCAAACCCAGCAAAAACACCAUCAGUUUUCUGCUGGAGGUGUGUACAAGGUCCAUGGAUAAGGAGCACAGGACUGAAACAAGAAAGAGGCAAAUGGCCAUUUUCAUCAAAACAGUUUGUAACAGGUUGGAAGAGUUUCUCUCCUUCAUGGUCUCAUCUCACAAACUCUACAUUGAACUCCUUCAAGAUGAGGAGAAGAAGAUCCUGAGGUAGCAGAUGAGGAAGAGUGCCAAACCUCUGCCCUCAUUCUAUGAUAUACAGCAGCUCAUUCUGUCAUUGGAUCCUCGACACAUCCGACAAGUCCUCAUCGAGUUGCAUGGGAUGGCUGAACGACCCUUUUGGAGGGUUAAUAGUAAGGUCAGGAAAGACCACCAGAGGAGCAAAUUCAUUACUUUUAUGAAAAAACUAUGGGAGCCGCUGGUUUUGACAAUGCUCAUCUCUUUGUUUGUGUGGCUGCACAAUAUUGUGCGGGAUGAUAUAGUGAAUGAAGUGACAGCUGAGCAUAUCUCCAUAUGGCCUUCUCAUCUCUUGCCAAGUAAGACAUGGCAAUCGUUGGAUGUUGAUGCCGUGGUGGUCACAUUGAAGGAAUUGGUGAACUAUGCGCUCAGCCUCAACCCCAACAAUCAGUCGUGGCUCUUACAGUACACACAGGCCAACAUUUACUUUGUGACCAACCAGUAUUCUGCAGCGAAGCACUAUUACCUGCAGGCGGGGACCGUGUGCUCUGAUUACUUCACUAAACCAGUUCCUCCUGACGUCUACACCGACCAGGUCCUGAAGAGAAUGAAAUGCUGCUCGCUGUCGAACUGUCACACUCAAGUGGCUGUUCUCUGCCAGUUUCUGAGAGAAGUCGACUACACAUUCAAAGCUCUACAAAAGCAAAACAGUCAUGACUCUAUGGGUUCGUUCUAUGAUUACAUCUGGGAUGUGAUGAUACUGGAACAUCUGAUGUAUCCUUUUUAAAGAAGACCCAGUCUCAGACCAACACGAAUCAAGGCCAUCGGACAGACAGAGUUAAACUCCAGUAAUCCAGAGGAAGUCCUGCAGCUUACAGCACAAAAAAUGAAGAAGAAAUUCCUACAGGCCUUGGCUAAACUCUACUUUAAUUUCAUUCCAAGGGAGUGUUUUACUUUUUUUUUACUGGGAACAAUCAAACGCACAAUUUAA